AUGGGUGCUACUGCUUUCUUGUACAUCCUGCUGUCCCUCUGGGUUCAGGGCGCAGCUGCCAUUCUUGGCUUCACAAGAAGCGAUUUUCCCCAGGACUUCGUAUUUGGAUCUGGAACCUCAGCAUAUCAAUAUGAGGGUGCUGUUGCUGAGGAUGGCAGGAGGCCAAGCUAUUGGGACACUUUCACUCAUGCAGGUAAAAUGCCAGACCAAAGCAUAGGAGAUGUUACUGCAGAUGGGUACCAUAAAUACAAGGAGGAUAUCAAGCUCAUAUCUGAGACAGGUCUAGAGGCCUAUAGGUUCUCCAUCUCCUGGUCAAGGCUCAUUCCAAAUGGGCGUGGAGCUGUCAAUCCAAAAGGGUUACAAUUCUACAAUAACAUCAUAGAUGAGCUUGUGAAACAUGGUAUUCAAAUACACAUCACACUUCACCAUCUAGAUCUCCCUCAAAUUCUUGAAGACGAGUAUGGUGGAUGGUUAAGCCCCAGAAUUAUCGAAGAUUUCACGGCAUAUGCGGAUGUUUGCUUCAGGGAGUUUGGAGGCAGAGUCACUUACUGGACUACAGUGAACGAGCCAAACAUUGGUGCAGUUGCCGCUUACGGCAGUGGUCAAUUACCACCUGGUCGAUGCUCAGAUCCAUUUGGAAUAACAAAGUGCACAGCUGGGAACUCCAGCACUGAACCAUACAUAGCAGUUCAUACUUACUUAUUGGCGCAUGCAUCAGUUGCCAGACUGUACAGAGAAAAGUAUCAAGCUGUGCAAAAAGGACUUGUGGGCAUAAAUAUCUACUCCUUCUGGAGUUACCCAUUCACAGAUUCCACCGCGGAUUUAGAAGCAACUCAAAGAUGCAAGGACUUCAUGUUUGGCUGGAUACUAGAGCCUUUGGUGUUUGGGGACUACCCAGAAAUGAUGAAGAAAAAUGUUGGCUCUCGUCUUCCAUCGUUCACAAAAGUCCAAUCUGAACUUAUCAAGGGUUCUUUUGAUUUUAUCGGAAUAAAUCACUACUAUUCUCUUUAUGUGAGUGACCGCCAGACAGAACCAGGUAUCCGAGACUACAACAGGGACAUGUCAAUUUAUUACAGAGAUAUUUGUUUCUAUUCUGCAGCUUCUAGGACAGAACCGCCAGCUGGGCAGGGAGCCCCAACAAAUGUUCCAAGUGAUCCCAAAGGGUUGCAACUUGUCCUCAGGUGUGGGGUCAGCCAACGAUAG